AUGAGAAGGAGUAUGUUUAAUGUGGACAUUCUUUUCAAUGACAAGACAUCAGCAGAUUUUUUUGGUAAAAGAGCUACAAUAGACGACAUCAUAUCUUCGGUUGUUAGCAAUCGCUUUAAUGAGAAGAUGGAGUUAAAUUUGUCCAACUUUUGCAAUGAUCCUGAAUUUUUUAGAACAAAAAUUCAUUUUUAUAAAUUGUUCCUUUUAUCAAACUUCAAAAUACUAAUGCUAAGAAUGGGAAGGGACACAAAGAUUCUGAACUUAAGCAACAACAAGUUAGAUCAAGUACCAUUACACAUAUUAAAUUUCUUCAUAAAAGGAGAUUUAAUUGGCCUCAAUUUAAGCUAUAAUGAUAUUCCGUCUAUCCAAGAGCAAUUCAGGGUAAGCAGCAAAAUUGAGAAACUCUGGCUUGAGGGAAACCCAUUAUGUGAUGAGAUGGACCCUGGUUCCUACAUCAAGCAGAUUCUUAUAAAAUUUCCUCGGUUGACUGAACUAGAUGGUAUAAAAAUCAAUCAACAUGGCAUCCUUUAUCCAUUUUCCAAACAAUUCUCGGUAACUCCUGAUAGGAGGACGAAGCUGGUUGUCGAAAAGUUUUUGACCCAUUACUUUUCACAUUAUGAUACAUCACCACGUACAAAAAUCGAAAUGUUCUAUGAUAUUGCAGCUGUGUUGACCAUAUCCAUCAAUUUACCUGAACACGAUGCCCAAGGACUAGUGCACUACGCGUGCAAUUCCCGAAAUGCCCUUAACCCCGCCCAGCGAGUGUUGAUAGAGAGGAAGCAGAGAAUGUUCACCGGUAGGAAGAAUAUAGUAGCCGUCCUCUCGCGGUUUCCGGAGACCGAACAUGACCUGAACACAUUCACCUUGGACGUCAUGCAGCAUGACAAUAAGCACAUGGUUCUAGUAUUAAAUGGAAUCUUUAAGGAGAAAAGUGUAAACUCUCAAGACAACUACAUUCAGUUCACAAGGACCUUUGUUUUCAGUGUAUACAAGAUUCAUUCAACCUACGCUUACCACAUCACGAACGAGAUGUUUAGUGUCACAUUAGCAAACCCUGAGCAAAAAGAAAAUAGUUUUAAGUGUCCCAUGAAGCAUUAUAAUGGAUUGCGCCUUUUGAAUCCGAGCGAGAUGGAAUCGGAGACGAUUUGCAGAAUGUUCAUGCAUCUCACUAUGUUAAGAAAGGAAGAAGCGGAAAGACGUUUAAAAGAUCGCAAUUGGGAUAUACGGCUCGCAUUAAUGGAUUUUGUCAACGAUAUGAAAAUAAGCAAAAUAACCAACGAAAACAUAAUGGAAGUCGAAGACGAUUAUUUGGAGCACCAUUGUAGAGAGUCACCAAGUGAGUAUUUGGGCCAGAAGAGGCGGAAGAAAGACAGAUGUGUA